CCAACGCAUGCGCAAGAUCGCUUUCCUCCACUUGUGGAAACAGGAUAUGCGCUUCGUCGAUACCAUCUAAAGGAAUUUCAGAAAUUUCAAAUAUCACGUACAGAUAACCAAAAGGAGGACUUUCUAUUUGAGAAGCUUAGCAGCCUCAGAGUGUAGAGCUUGGUGUGACAGGAGGAGCCUCCAACUUCGACAGUGGUAAAAUGGCGGAUAUGUCAGCGGAAGAGAUCACCAUGAGGGCCAACCAAGUGACCGAUGAGUCCUUGGAGUGCACCAGGCGGAUGCUACAGAUGGCCGAGGAGACCAGGGAGACUGGUGUCAACACCAUCGACAUGCUGGACCAACAGGGAGAGCAACUGAGACGUACAGAGGAGGGUAUGGACCAGAUCAACGAGGACAUGAGGAAGGCUGAGAAGAACCUGACUGACCUGUCCAAGUGCUGUGGCCUCUGUGUCUGCCCCUGUGACAGGGUGACAUCCAUAGAGCAUGAUUCUAAGUACAAGCGUACCUGGGGAACAGGUGAUGGUACAGGAGAGGGAGGGGAUGGCUCGGUGGUGUCCAGGCAACCCUCGGGCAUCCAUAACGGACUAGCCAACCAGCAGCAGCCCAUGGGGGGCUCUGGACCCUACAUCAAGAGGAUUACCAACGAUGCUCGGGAGGAUGAGAUGGAGGAGAACCUGGAUCAGGUGGGCAGCAUCAUAGGGAACCUGAAGAACAUGGCCAGUGACAUGGGCUCUGAGCUAGACAAGCAGAACAAACACAUCGACCGCACCAUAGAAAAGGCGGACAUAAACAAAGCACGUAUCGAUGAAGCCAACCAGCGAGCCAACAAGCUCAUCAAGUAGACCUACCUACCUGCUCCCGAUUUCAAAUCAUCCACCUUGAAUCUCUGCCUCAGCUUCCAUGUACAUCAACACUCCUCGCUCUCUCUCUGAGAACAAAGUAAAUCAACCAGGAUGAACCAACACCUACCACACGUGCCUUUUCUGUAAAUAUGCUCACACAACACUCUCUUCUACCUUUUUAGGACUAGUUCAAAGUUCCUUGCCUGGGUCCCAUCCCAAAUAUGUGACACAGUGAAUCACUUUUUCAGGCGUUGUGAGAUCUGUGCCCAUAUUCAGAAAGCCUCUGAAUAGGAAUGCUGAUGUAAGAUGGUUUAUAUAUAUAUAUUCAUUCAGGCCCUGAUAGGCAGUGGAGGCUGCUGAGAGGAGGACGGCUCGUAGUAAUGGGAUAGUAUCAAACACAUGGUUUCAAUGUGCUUGAUGCCAUUCCAUCCACUCAUUCCAGCCAUUAUUUUUGAGCUGUCCUCCCCUAAUAUGUGCAGUGUGGCUGCCGAAAAUAUGACCUGGAACAUCAGAUUCUCACCGUCUGUUGCCCCCUGGUGGUCAUGGGGUGUCACAGCAGCUGUAUAUGCAGGGAAGUUAUAAGACAACAGCUCUUCAUAUCGUGUCAUUUGGCUCUUGUAACUACUGUUAUUGUUUGAAAUGUGCAUAUUUAAUUAUUCUUAUGAAGUAGAAAUGACUUGUGAAUAAAGUUAGGACCUAUACCCUUUGAAUUGAAAUAAUGUUUGAACAAUCUAAUAUCUGUUUUUUUCCCAGCUAUAACACACCGAAUGAUGAAAACAUGUUUUCCUUAGAGUAACAACUAAUCAUUAACCAAAGAUCUUGUCACUGUUAGAUUUACCUCUGCUAGCCUGAGUGCCAGUCAGUUUGUGCUAUCAUGUCAACUCUUUGGCUGGGAUUCAACUCGAUCAUGCUUUGUCAGCUAUGCACAUUUAAAGGCAAUGUUUUCACGUCGGUUGAAUCGAACAUUACCUCCUUUUUUUUUAAUGUCAAGCGCACAAUAAGGCUGACCUACUGCGGUUUGGAUGGAAUCUCUGCUCUUGACCCUCAUUGGCUUGACAAUGAAUGAGCAAUGGAGUUGUCAAGAAUACAAACCGAUCUGGGACCAGGCUACCUCUCUGCCACCAGUGGAUCAAAUGCUGUACCUCCCCCUCAUUGUUAUUUCACUCCUUUCUAUUUGAACUGCCACGUUUUCACCUGAGACCUUAAGUGCCUUUGUCUUGGAAAGAUUCCAGUGGCUGUGUUGUAACAGCCUGGUCCCCAAAUCAUCUCUUCUGUGUCAGUAAUUUAGGCAUGGAUUCAAUCCGUUACGUCGAAGACCUGCGCUUUAGCGUAAUUGACAUUUUAAAGGCCAUUUUCCCGCAUUUGCCGAGACUGCAUUUACGGUAAACACUGCAUAUGUCGGCUCAAUCGGCAAUUACUUUUGAAUUAGAUCUCUGUGGUGGAUCUUCCACGCUAUGAUUCAAUUUAUACUCAUAUUCAUCCAGAAAUGUCCCAUAUGUUUCUUCAUUAAAUAUUUGUAAGAAAAAAACUAAGUAAAAGUGUUUGUUCUUCUGCAUUCAGUUAUGUUCUGGUUUAGACUGAAAUAAACUGUGAUAUCUAAGGCUGGACAUUAACCAAAGUGACAUUUGGACUAAUUUAGAUUCAUAAUAUUAGUAGUUUAUGCUAGCUAUGUUAUACUUCUGUCUAGAGUAUGUUGCUUCAACACCAGAGUGAAAUAACAUUUCAGGGUUAAUUCAGCAACUGCAUCUUUUUCAGUUAAGAAUAUGUUGAGGAAAACCGUAUGCUCUGUCUGGAUGAUUGUUUCAUAGAAGUUACUUUUAUUUCAAUCUUUUCAUUUUAAACUUUAUAUUUGUCAAAUUCAUUAAACUGUUCAGUAAAA